AUGGAUUUUGAAGAUAGCAGUGAUUCCUCUGAAUGGAUAUUUAUUAAUACGCAAUGCCAAAACAACGACAAGCAUUUAAAGCAUGCAGAUGGGAUUAAAAUACAAAAAUCCAACGAGGUCGUAAUCUUAAAGGAACAUUUUAGAUUAGUACCAACUGAAGAUUCACCAUUUAAGCCACAAAAUAGCGAGCAGCCAACAAGCCAAGCAGCACCUCGAAUGUACGAAAGUAGCUCGCCCAUCCGAAAAGUCAAUAAAAAACGCCAAUCGUGUUUUCAAUUGGAUUAUUCUUAUGAUCCUCGCGACGAUCUUGCAAAUUCAACUUUAAAUUACCAAUGUAUGUCUAUUGAUGUGCAAGCUCAAGCAACUGGGAAGCCAAAUUCAACUACAGCCAUAGAAAUUCCAAAUCGAUCACAUGAAGAAGAGUUAAAAUUUGAUCCUGUUAUUAAUUUCCAAGAAAUUGCUGGUAAAGAAAGGGAAGUUUAUAUGUCACCACAUCAUCUCGCAGAAAUUAUGCCUCCAUCUGAUAUAACUUAUUCAGUUCAUAGAAUACAAUCAUUUGGUAAAAAGUUAGCCUUCCAACUCAUGAAGAAAAAUGAAAUCGUUUAUGAGGCUUUCUUCAAAUCUUCCAAUUUCUACCUUAGAGCUAAGAAUUAUUUAGAAAAUUCCGAUACAAGUUACGAUGCUAUUCUCAAAAUUGGUGGAUUCAUGAUAAAAACGGCAAAAAUUUACAUUGAUAAUGACGAUUAUGAAUCGAAUGUCAUGGCCGAGGUUAAAAUAGUACCGGGUGGAAGGAAAACAGCACGAAGAUUAGAAUUUUCUUUCACUAGAAACACACCUGAAAAUUACGUUACUCAAUUAGUUUCAAGGAAGCCAACAUUUAACGAGGAAAAUAAUGAAUGGCAGCUUGACUUUUUCGGUAGAACAGUAGUAAAAUCUAUAAAGAAUGCAAUUCUAGACGGUGACGGUCUUAGAAGAGCGAUAUCUAUUAGGAAGACCUCGAAGGAUGACUUGGAAAUUGAUUUAUUGAAUGAAUUAGAUCCUAUGUAUAUCAUAUCGUUAGGUACUAUUUCUUUUGUAUGUUAA